GGAGGAGAGAGACAAGCUCUCGCAGUCUCUCUUCAGCCAAAAAGAUGAGAGAGACCAGUUGAUGCAGUCAAUGUGUGGUUUAAAGGGACAGAGAGACCGGCUAACACAGACACUCAGCCGUCUAGAGCAGGAAAGAGACAAGCUGUCAUCUCUCAGCCUUCAAACACGAGAGAGGUACCAGGUGGACCAGUUUGUCUCUGAUCUAAAAGAAGAGAAAGAGCAGCUAGUUCAGUCAAUGGAUGUUCUGAGAGAACAGAGAGAACAGCUCACAGAGGAGAGAGACCAGUUGCAGAUGGACGUCGCUACUCUACGGAAUCAGCUGCUGUUACAGGGGCGGAGCCACAACCAGCAGCCCUCAGAGAACCACGUUGGCAAGGCAACACGCACAGAGGUUGUGGCUACAGAGAGAGGGGGUCAGAUGCCAAAAACGCAUGAUGAUGGUGAUGUCACUCAUAGAUGUCUGGCCACGGUCUACUCCUACAAGACCAUCCGUCUGGAGCAGUCUGCWCAGAACCACUUGGGAGAGAAAGAGGGAACAGAUGUGGAGCAGAGUGAACUGAUGAGGGAGAUCGAGUCGCUGGGGUUAGAACUCAGAAGCUCACGAGAGGUACUGAAGAAGACCCAAUCAGAGGCUCAAAGGUGGUACCGUGAGCUGGGUGUGUCUGAGGUCAGACGAGAGGAGGCUGAAAAGAGGGCGGGAAAGGCAGCCAAUGAGGUGAAGAGGGCGGUACACGCAGCCAAUGAGGUGAAGGGGAUGAGAGAGGAAACCAAGGAGGUGGAGGAGACGAAGAGGGAAAACCACACACUGAGAGCAGAGUUGGGAGAGGUGAAGAGCAGUCUAGUGGGUCUGGAGAGAGAGAAGACCGAUGCUCACUCACUAAGGAUCAAGGUUGAAGAGAAGUUCAGCUUGCUUCAGGCUGAACUCAAAGCCAAGAGUGUUGCUCUGAAGGAGCUGAGUUAAGAGUACAAUCCUCUG